GCAGCGGAGCCGCGUCACCGUGUCGCUGAGACCCAAACCGGAGUUUGGAGCAAAGCGCCGCGGAUCCGCUGCUCAGAAAGAGAGAGAGAGAGAGGGAGAAGGAGAGGGAGAGAGAGACACACACACACAGAUAGAGAGAGAGGGUGUGUGUGAUAGAGAGAGACUGAGAGAGACACGGGCACCAGGCAACAGGCGCCGCUCCCGCGCGCAGCGGACUCUAUUUACAUGACAGUCCAGUGAAAUGAGGGCAACAUGGGGGCCAAAGAGUCACGGAUUGGCUUCCUUUCUUACGACGAGGCCGUCAGAAGAGUUACUGAUGUGGAACUCAAGCGGCUCAAAGAUGCCUUUAAAAGGACCAGCGGUCUGUCUGCCUACAUGACACAGCAGUGCUUCUUCAAAGAGGUACUAGGUGAUGGCGUCCCCCCCAAGGUUGCAGAGGUGAUCUACAACUCGUUUGGAGGCACACCAAAAGGGCUACAUUUCAACAACCUCAUCGUUGGCCUGGUUCUGUUAACAAGAGGACGAGAUGAGGAAAAAGCCAAAUACAUCUUCAGUCUGUUCGCCAACGACUCGGGCAGCUAUGUUGUGCGAGAUGAGGUGGAGAACAUGCUCCGCUCUGUGGACGGGGAAGUGCCGCCCUCGCUGAAGAAGUGCUUCUUGGAGGGUGAGAAGGUGAAUUAUGAGAGGUUUAAGGGCUGGCUCCUGCAGAACAAAGAAGCCUUCACAUUCUCCCGCUGGCUGCUCUCGGGCGGCGUGUGCGUCACCCUGACCGACGACAGCGACACGCCCACGUUCUACCAGACGCUGGCCGGAGUCACACACUUAGAAGAAUCUGACAUAAUUGACUUGGAAAAGCGCUACUGGCUUCUAAAAGCCCAGUCCAGGACCGGCCGCUUCGACUUGGAAACCUUUGUCCCUCUGGUCUCGCCCCCUAUUCAUGCAUCGCUAAGUGAAGGCUUGUUUCAUGCCUUUGAUGAGAAUCGGGACAAUCAUAUUGACUUUAAGGAGAUAUCUUGUGGGCUUUCAGCUUGCUGUCGAGGGCCUGUGGCUGAAAGACAGAAGUUUUGUUUCAAAGUGUUCGAUGUAGAUCGGGAUGGUGUUCUGUCUCGAGACGAGGUGCACGAGAUGGUGGUGGCCUUGCUGGAAGUAUGGAAGGAUAACCGCACCGACACCCUGCCGGAACUGCAUUCCAAAGUUUCUGACAUCGUAGAAGAUAUCCUGAAGAUGCAUGACACUACAAAACAGGGGCACUUAACGCUGGAGGACUACCAGAUAUGGAGUGUGAAAAGCGCCCUCGCCAACGAGUUCCUCAACCUGCUUUUUCAGGUGUGCCACAUUGUUCUAGGCUUGCGACCUGCUACUCCUGAGGAGGAGGGCCAGAUCAUCAGGGGAUGGCUGGAGAGAGAGAGCAGGCAUGGGCUGCAGCCUGCUCAGAACUGGUUCCUCAUCUCCAUGCAGUGGUGGCAGCUGUGGAAAGACUAUGUUAAAUAUGACAAUAAAUCUAUAGUGGUGGAACAGCCAGGAAUACAGAGCAAUGGCAGGAGAAGUCCUCCGUCCACCACCAAUGCUGACUCGGCUGUGAUCAAAGCUGGAGCAGUGGCUCGUUCACUCAGUUCCCCUGGAGACAAGAAUACAGACAGGACCUGGGAGUCCUCAGACAGCACCACUAACAGUCAUAUGCCACACGUGAGCUCCUCUGCUACGGACAUCUGUUUUGCUCGGCAGCACAAUGUUUUGGACAACAACAACCAGUGUUUCUCUUCUGCCAAUGGACACUUGCCCAACCAUCUGGUUGCACAGAGGCCUGGCGCCAUUGACAACCAGCCCUUAGUCACCACUGAACCUGUGAAGGCACCCACGUUAACAAUGGAAGGUGGGCGACUAAAGAGAGCCUUGCACCUGAUGGCUGGCCGGGACUUCGAGACGGUACCAGAGCCGGUAUGGAGGGCGCUAUACCACUGGUACGGAGCCAACCUCAGCCUGCCAAGACCGGUAAUCAAGUCUGUUGUAACAGAAGAGGCAGAACUGGAGCUCUUCCCUCGCUACUUGCUCUUUCUGCGACAGCAGCCUGCCACGCGCACCCCCCAGUCCAACAUUUGGGUUAACAUGGGUAUGACCAGCCUGCGAAUGUUCCCUCCACACUUUCCCAGAGGCAAUGUGCCAUCUCCUAACGCCCCUCUGAAGCGGGUGCUGGCCUACACGGGCUGUUUCAGCCGCAUGAGCACUAUAAAGGACAUCCACGAGUAUCUGUCGCAGAGGUUACGCAUCAAAGAGGAGGACAUGCGUCUCUGGCUCUACAACAGCGAGAAUUACCUCACUCUACUGGAUGAUGAAGAUCAUACGUUAGAAAGUUUGAAAAUUCAAGAUGAGCAGCAUUUGGUAAUUGAGGUUCGAAAUAAAGAUAUGAGCUGGCCCGAGGAGAUGUCCUUCAUUGCUAACAGCAGCAAAAUCGACAGACACAAAGUUCCUACAGAGAAAGGUGCUACAGGCUUAAGUAACCUUGGAAAUACGUGCUUUAUGAACUCCAGUAUUCAGUGCGUGAGCAACACCAAGCCCCUCACUGACUACUUCAUCUCAGGAAGACACCUCUAUGAGCUCAACAGAACCAAUCCCAUAGGAAUGAGAGGUCAUAUGGCCAAAUGUUAUGGAGAUUUGGUUCAGGAGCUCUGGAGUGGAACGCAAAAGAACAUUGCACCUCUGAAGCUACGGUGGACGAUAGCAAAGUAUGCGCCAAGGUUCAACGGCUUCCAGCAACAGGACUCUCAGGAACUGCUGGCGUUCUUGUUGGACGGCCUCCACGAAGACCUGAAUCGAGUCCACGAGAAACCUUAUGUGGAGUUGAAAGACAGCGAUGGAAGGCCAGAUGCAGAAGUGGCCACAGAGGCUUGGGAAAAUCAUUUGAGAAGAAACCGCUCCAUCGUGGUGGACCUGUUCCACGGCCAGCUUAAGUCCCAAGUCAAGUGCAAGACCUGCGGUCACAUCAGCGCCCGCUUUGACCCCUUUAACUUCCUGUCUUUGCCUCUUCCUAUGGACAGCUCAAUGCACUUAGAGAUCACAGUUAUUAAACUAGAUGGUUCCACACCAGUACGAUACGGGCUUCGUCUGAACAUGGAUGAGAAGUACACAGGUCUGAAGAAGCAGCUGAGUGAGCUAUGUGGCCUGAAACCUGAGCAGAUCCUCCUAGCUGAGGUCCACUCGUCCAACAUCAAGACCUUUCCUCAGGACAACCAGAAAGUGCGUCUGUCUGCGAAUGGCUUCCUGUGUGCGUUUGAGAUUCCUGUUCCUGGGUCUCCCACCUCAGUCACCUCUCCUACACCAACAGACACUACCCCGAUGGUCAAUGGCAUUGCUGGGAACAGCCAUGCAGAGAAACCUGGCCUAAUUCCAAAUGGUACGGCUGGUACGCCUGUACGCAGUGGCUCCGACAAAAACCUAGCCAACGGCAUGCCCAGCACAGUGGUACCUUCUGCCUCAGAGAAAAGUCUUACCAACGGCAUCCCCAACGGCCACAUCACGCCGGUUCAGGACAGUCCCUUUAUUGGCUACAUCAUAGCCAUGCACAGGAAAAUGAUGCGGACCGAACUGUACUUCCUCUCGUCUCAGAAGAAUAGGCCAAGUCUAUUUGGCAUGCCGCUCAUCGUGCCUUGCACUGUGCACACCAGUAAAAAAGACCUGUAUGACGCAGUGUGGAUCCAAGUGUCCCGUCUAGCCAGCCCUCUGCCACCUCAGGAGGCCAGCAACCACGCCCAGGACUGUGAUGACAGCAUGGGUUACCAGUACCCUUUCACCCUGCGAGUGGUGCAGAAAGACGGAAACUCCUGUUCUUGGUGCCCGUGGUACAGGUUCUGCAGAGGCUGCACAGUGGAGUGUAACGAGGACAGGGCAGCUCUGGGGAAUGCCUACAUCGCUGUGGACUGGGACCCCACCGCUCUGCAUCUCCGCUACCAGACCUCCCAGGAAAGGAUAGUGGAGGAGCAUGCCAGUGUGGAGCAGAGUCGGCGAGCUCAGGCCGAGCCCAUCAGUCUGGACAGCUGUCUGAAAGCGUUCACAAGUGAGGAGGAGCUCGGUGAGGAUGAGCUCUACUACUGCUCAAAGUGCAAAACCCACCGCCUGGCCACCAAGAAGCUGGAUCUCUGGAGGCUGCCGCCUAUACUGAUUGUUCAUCUAAAACGCUUCCAGUUUGUGAAUGGGCGCUGGAUCAAGUCUCAGAAGAUAGUGAAGUUUCCACGAGGAGGCUUCGACCCUAGUGCUUUUCUGGCCCCACGUGAGGCCGCCCAGAGCACAUGGAGCCUGCAGAGCCAUAGCGAAUGUCUAGUGGAGGAGCUCCAGAGGCUGGACAGAGGAGACUCCUCUGUGUCUUCCAUCUCCACAACCACUGUUGCCAGCCCACCUGUAUCUGGAAGAGGCACUCCAUGCUCAAUUAGGAGGAUGAACAGUCCACUGAGCAGAAGCAGCAGCCCCAGCAACAGCCCUAAGAACACAGGCCGCAAGCAGGGCCGGCUGCGUCUGCCCCAGCUGGGCAGCAGACACCGACUCUCCAACAGCAAGGAGAACCUGGACAGCAGCAGCAUCAGCAGUUUUAAGGAGAGCGGCCCAGAGCCGGAGCACAGCACAGGGACUGAGGUGGAGCCGCUGGGGCCGGGGGUCCCUGCAGAGUCUAACACGCAGGACACCUGGUCAGUAGAUGCCUCCAGCACUGACUGUGAUGUCAUCAUGGUGAACGGGCUGGGCCAGGAGAGCGGCCAAAGCAACGGCCACUCUGAGGCCAGCACAGAGCUGGACUGCACCUCUCACCAAAGAGACGACAUCUGCCUGGAGCCCAUAUACGACUUGUAUGCAAUCUCAUGCCAUUCAGGAAUAAUGGGAGGAGGCCACUAUGUGACCUAUGCUAAAAACCCCAAUGAUAAAUGGUACUGUUAUAACGACAGCAGCUGUAAGGAGGUUCACUCGGAAGAGAUUGACACAGACUCAGCAUACAUUCUCUUCUACGAGCAGCAAGGAGUGGACUACUCUCGAUUUCUGCCGAGGACUGAUGGCAAAAAAAUGGCGGACACUACUAGCAUGGACGAAGACUUUGAGUCGGACUACAAGAAGUACUGCGUGCUUCAGUGAUCCCAUGCUCUUCCACAAAACAAGGCACUUAUAGUAGGUUUCAUCAGUAUCCCCCCCUGUGCAAUGAAGACUGAAACAGCAGAGUGGCUCAGCAGAAACUGAGGAGCGACAGCUACUCUGAAGCACAAAGACCUGCUGGCUGACUGAAGAGGCUCCACUGCUGCCCCCUGUAUCAGAAGACAGGUACUUGACUGCUGGCUGCUGGUAUGGAUGUGUUGUGCCAGUGAGUGACUGAGUGAGUGAGUGACUGAGUGAGUGUUUUUGAGAGAAAGUGAGAUUUGAGAACUAUAUAUAUUGUUAUUGUUGCCAAGUGAACAAAUAGGUUCUUGACCAGAAAUCUCCAUUCCCAUGAAAAUUCUUCUAACUAGCUGAACACUGCAAUCCCCAAAUCUGCAGAAUCACACAAACCUAUUAUAUAUUUAUGUAUUUAUCUUACCGUAAGGGUUGACAGCACUCUCAUCUUAUACAUGCUUGAGUUUUAUUGAGUAUAUUUAUAUGAUGAUCCAUGACCCGUAAACACAGCUCUUACUGGCCAAACUCACAUUCAUUCAGUCCCAAGUUAGAUUGGUUAAUCAUAAGCUCAAAUUUGGAGCACUUUCAUUGACUCCUAACAUUUUCCUGACUGACACUGAUUGAAUGUUAAGUUUAGAAAAGUACAGUGUUAACAAUCUGAAAUAUACACAUUUAACAGGUUAAACACUUUCCAAAGGCCUGUUUAAUUAGUUCUUUAUCUGAAUCAAAGGUUUCUCAGUAGAACUUGUACACUACCUCACUUUAUUUCCAGUUAAUUGGUUGGUUGGUUGGUUGUUAAUGGGAAGCCUGCGAGACAGUAUUACAAUGUGAAUGGCUCUAUCUAUCCCUUAGAUAAUAACACAAAUAUUGACUGAGCAAAGUCCUGCACGUUUCACUACCAAACGAAAUUCCAUUUUUGUGAGCCACAAACACAAAACCACUUCCAUAUGCCAUUUCUAAAUCAUUGGAUUUAUUAAAUUGAUUUUUUUUUUUUUAAGUUUGAAGUUUAUUUUUAGGUCCUGUGCCAGAGCCUCCCUCAAAGAGCCAGUAUAUCUCCUUAAUGUCUUUCUUUUUUGUCUUUGUCUUAAUCAGAUUUUUAAAUGAUAACCUUUUAUUUUUCAGCCGUAUUUAUUUUUAAUAGCGCCGAUUCACUUUCGCCUGAGCACAUCAGUCGCUGAUUUAGCAUGACUGUAUGCUGGCGGCAUUCCACCCAUCACAGUGCCAGCCCCACUAUUAUCACCAUUCAGCGAUGCCAUUACAGCUUCUAGAAUGUUCGUACGUACUGUCGUCACUUUAUUUCCAGUUGUAAGGAAGGUACAGUAAAUGGUAGCCAAAUGCAUGCAUAUCUGAUCAGUGUACUCUCAAGGGAGAGGUUCACAUCAUCAAGCCAAAGCUCUUAACAGGUGAUGUAUAUGUUGUUGCGUAACGCUCAGCUCUACUGGCAGAAGGCCUGUAGGAGAGAUCUGCAGUUUAUGUGAACUGUCUUCUCUGAAAGAACGUCUCGUCAGCACGGCUCGCCUUACGAAGGUCUUGUGCUGUGCUAAGAGAAAGCAGGGUCUACUGUAGAGAGGACCUGCUGAAGUUUGCGUGUCUGUAGACAUGCAGGAAUAAUAGUAGCAACCCUGUGGAGACUCUUUAUUAGAGAGCCAUCUUUACACUGUGAAAAUAGAUAUGAAACAUUGAAUGUUUUUUUUUUUUGGUUUGUUUUGUUUAUUUCUUCCCUAAUCACUUUUAAUCACCUGAAAGAAAUUGGGAAGGAGUUAUAUGAGUCGACCUAUGCUGCUCCACUUCUGAACAGUUCCACGAAACAAAUAACAUGACUUUUACGGACAUUUGCAAUUUAAUAAAAAAAAUUUGUUUAUGUAAAAAGGAAGAAAAAAAUUGAGAGAAAUUACUAAGAGAACUGUAUUACUGUAUUUUAUCAUUCACGUGAUUUUGUUCCUCACGAAAGUAGUCAGAAAGCAUCAGUUGUAAGCAAUGACAUUUAUGGCUUUAAAAACAAGCGCUGUCAAACGCUGAAAGAAAAAUACAUAAUAAAGGGCCCUAUGAUUUCUGUAAUAUGGACAACACUGAUGGAAUUACAGAAUAAAAGUUUAAAACAGACCUCAGAAAUAAACACUGAAUGGUGUAAAAAAGAAAUUUAAAUGAAGAAAAAAUAAAACAGAACUUGUGAAAAGAAGAAACAGAUAUUAUAGGGCCCUGGUAAACGCACAGUAGCUGAAAAGAAUAUGUCUAUGGCUGUGUGACUAUGUCUGUUUGACCGGAAUCAUUAGAUCCUCCCAGUAUGAAAUCAGCAUUCACUUGGAAAAACGAGUAGCUUGUUAAUUUUAUAUUUAACUGGAAUCUUCCCCGCGGCUUAUGAGUCUUUCAUGGCCGCAAGUAUACAUGACUUUUAAAGAUUUUUUUUUUUGAUACAGGGAUAAUUUAUUCAGAAAAUAUGUGAUCGGUUGGCAAAAAAGUAGUGCAAUCAACUACUGACAUUUGUCUUUGUUGUUCGUCGUUUUGUUAAAUUAAUUGGCAGAGAUGUAUUAAUUUAAGGAACUUUAUUUUGUAAAGUGUUAAACGGAUGAAAUGAUGUUGCACUGACAUAAAAUGUACAUAUGAUGUUUUGUAAAUAUGCCAAUAAAAAUUAUGUAUUUGGGAAAAAAUGAGCUGUAAAAAAUUGUAGUUGUAUAUGAAGUGAUGCCAUUGAUCUGUAACGAAUAUCAGAGCAACCAAUUAAAUGCAGCCGAUGCCAUUGAACAAUGAA